GAAUGGCCCUGUGGAGCAACAGGUGUUGGAGACAGCGGUGGGUCAAGAAGAGGUGGCCGCAGAAGCACCUGAACUACAGCCUCCCAGAACGAGUCUGCAGAAUGAUGUGCCGGCAGCUGAAGCCACGAACGUAGUGGAGAGCAAGAGCGGAACGGUGCCAGCUGAUGCAGAAGAGCAGGAGCUGAGAAGCCAGCCAGGAGGGACAAGUGCUGGCAAGGAGUCUCAAGAAUCUGGAGCUGCGGAGAACUCUUUCAUCCAGCCUGUCAGCGAGCAAGACCGACAGAUCCAGGCUGUGGAGCCAUCAGCUGUUGAAGACGAGGCCAAAACGAGUCGGGAAAACAUGCAGGCCACGGCUGUGCAGGCAGCUGGACUUCUCAUGAUGACCACUCCGUCGGAGGGUAUGCACGAGCUCCAAAGCGGUGAGGAGGGGCCAGUGGCGGCGGAAGUGAUUCGAGCCAACUCUGUGACGGCGGCGCCACUGGCUGAUCCCGAAGAGCAG